AUGAAUCCCGAGACAAGAGAAGCUUCAACUGAUGAAUGGAAAAUGGAAGCAGGCCUACUCCUCUCUUCUCAAUUGUUAUUGGAGUACAAUGCAUUUUACUUCUACACUGCAUGUGCUGCCCAUUUUGAAGACCCCAAUGUCUGCCUCAAAGGACUGGCUGGCUUCUUCAAGAAAAACAGUCUUGAGGAAAACGAACAUGCACAAAAAAUCAUUGACUUUAUGAACAUGAGAGGAUUGAAUAUUGAGUUCAGGACCAUAGAGGCUCCAGACAUAAAGAAGUAUGAAAAGACAAGUGAUAUUCUCAAGGCCUCCAAAGAGUUUGAGCAGACUGUGCUUGACAAUAUAUUGACUAUUUCUGAAAUAGCUGCAAAAGCAGGAGAUGAGACCAUUGUCCAAUUCUUGGAGGAUUUUAUCGCCGAACAGGUAGAAUCUAUUUCGGAGUUCAACGACUUAUAUGUCAACUGCACAAGAUGUGGAGGAGAAGGCGUAGGUUUGUUCCUAUUUGAUCAGUCCUUGCUAAAGAGACAUUAA